AUGGCCAAGCCCGCCACUACCCUGGAUCAAAAUGGCAGGCAAACGCAGCAUCUUGCAGAGUUCGAUCGGCUUGUCGAAAAAGCAUUGGUUGAUGUGCGGAACAAGCUCCUCAAAACAAAACAGAUGUCAGAAGGAUGGAAGCAAAUCGAACGACGGGUGUUAAAUGCCUUGCGGAUGGACGAAGCAAAGGCGGAUGCGGGCUCAUUGCUGCAGACGAAGAGAUCAUUACAAAGGGCUAUGCUAUCUUCUGGGGCGCAGGGUAUACGAAACGAGCUGGAAUAUCUCAACUACGCCGAUCAAACUACGAGAGAUUACUCAACUCCAAACCUCGAAGCACAGAAGAAAGUGACCGACCUUCGUUACCCGGCCGAAUGGUAUCCCGCCGCACGCUCUAUUCAACGUACAGUGCAUCUUCAUGUCGGCCCGACGAAUUCUGGAAAGACAUACCAUGCCCUGAAGCGACUGGAAGCCAGCAAAUCGGGGUUCUACGCUGGGCCGCUGAGACUGCUUGCACAGGAGGUGUAUCAUCGCCUUAAGACAAGUGGUAUUCCAUGCAGUCUGGUGACCGGCGAUGAGGUCAAGGUCCCCGAAGAUGGCACAUUGCCACGCGUCAUGAGUAAUACAGUGGAAAUGGUCAGCCUGGCACGGGACUUUGAUGUGGGAGUCAUCGACGAGAUUCAGAUGAUAUCAAAUCCACAACGAGGUUGGGCAUGGACGCGAGCAGUUCUUGGAGCACGAGUCAAAGAGCUGCACCUAUGCGGUGAAACACGUGCUGUGCCGUUGAUUCGGGAGCUCUGCGCUCUCACGGGAGAUAACUUGGAAAUUCACCGCUACAACCGGUUGAAUCCCUUGCAGGUCAUGUCGAAGAGCUUAAAGGGUGAUUUAAAUAAUCUCCAGAAGGGUGAUUGCCUGGUGUCCUUCUCACGGGUUGGAAUUCAUGCUUUGAAGGCCGACAUCGAAAGAUUGACCGGAAGACGAGCAGCCAUUGUUUACGGCGGCCUGCCAGCCGAAAUUCGGACCCAACAGGCUAAUCUUUUCAACGACCCUGACAAUGACUAUGACUUUCUCGUCGCAAGUGACGCGAUUGGUAUGGGGUUAAACCUGAGCUGUAAGCGUAUUAUCUUCGAAACCUUGAUCAAGCGUCUCCCUGGUGGUCUGCAACGAUUAUCGAUCCCAGAGAUCAAGCAAAUUGGUGGGCGUGCAGGCCGGUAUCGUCCAGCGAGCGCCACAAAUGAUUCAGAGGACGGAGCCAACGUGGGCCUAGUCACAUCCCUUGAAGAAGUCGAUCUGCCCUAUAUUGUCAAGGCCAUGGGCACAGAACCCCCACCACUCCGUGCUGCUGGGAUCGUUCCUACGGAUUCUACCUAUCAGAAGUUUGCCAGAUACUUCCCGAGAUCUACCCCAUUCGAGUAUCUGCUCAGGCGCGUCAAAGACAUCGCUGAGAUCAGCCCGCUUUUUUUCAUGUGUGAUGCGAAGAGUCAGCUCGCUAAUGCUGAGAUUAUUGACAACGUGACUGGGUUACGGCUUCAGUCGCAAAUGACGCUAAUGGCCGCCCCAAUGGAUGCCAGAAGUAACGCUGGGUACGACGCCAUCUCUGAAUUCGCUGACUGCGUGGCCGAGAACUCACGUGGACGGUUCUUGGACAUUCAUGCUCUCAGGCUGGAGGUCUUACAAGAACCAGUAUCCGGACAAAAGGAAUACCUGCGCGAAUUGGAGGACCUGCACAAAGCCAUCAUUCUCUACUCAUGGCUGGGAUUCCGCUUCGGCGGCGUCUUCACGGACCGGACUCUCGCUGCGCAUGUCAAGGAACUCGUCGAGGAACGAAUGAUCCGAGCAUUGACUGAGUUCUCAGCCAACAAGAAGUUACGAAAAGACGCAUCUCUGCACCGCCAGAUUGCGCUGCAGAAGCAGCUCCUCGAGCAAGGAAAAUUCGACUUUGAAAAUGAUGGCGAGCCGGAGGGUAGAGAAGAGGAAGUGGAGGAAGGUCAAGCAGAGGAAGGCUCAUCAGUCCUUCCGACUCCUCUUUCUGAGACUGGAUCGACCGACGCAGAAUCCUCAGAAAGCUCGAUUACCGACUUUGAGACUGAUUUGGAUGAAAACAGUUCUUCAGAGAGCAAUUUUCACGGGCCCAAGCUACCGGAAAAUGCGAGAGACCUCUUCUGUAUGAUGUACUUGGUGUAA